AUGCCAGGGAAUUUCUCUGCUCAUACAAGCCUCUACAGUUCAACAUCAUCUUUCAAUGUGACGUUGGUUAUACUUUAUGCGACGAUAGUGCUUGUAGGCUUGGCAGGGAACAGUUUUGUCGUCACCAUUGUGUUCAAAACAAGAUCUAUGUUCACUUCGACAAAUAUUUUGCUGGCAAAUGUUGCUGUUGCCGAUAUCGUGUCUCUGUUAUGGUGUCCGAUUCCUUUGAUAGCGGGCCUUUGCAAUGUGCGAAUAUCUUCAGAAAAAGCACAUUAUCUGUGUAAAUUUUUUACAAGCUACUCAGUUACCUGUUUGACUGUUUCAGUGACAUAUCAGAGUUUAGUGGUGUUGGCUGUGGAGAGGUACCAUGCGAUUGUUAAACCAUUCAACAAUGCACUGAUGCUGACGAAUGAUCGUAUGUUCUAUGCUAUUUUAGCUAUCUGGAUCAUGGCGAUCCUUUGCUCCCUGCCUGGAUUUAUUUUCAGCGAAUACGAUGAAAAGCUUGGAAGGUGCCUGGAUCCUUGGACUCUUGAGAAAGCUGGUACGUUCAGGUGGAUUGCUAUCUUAUAUCUCUCUGCAUCUGUUUUGUUCUCUGGCGCUUUGCUUUACUGCUAUCUUCAAAUUCUAAGGGGAAUCUUUGUGAAUAAAACUGUUUGUUCAUCAGAGGUUGCCUCAAUGAGGCAAUCUAACUUGAAAGAGAAGCGAAGGCUUGCUCUAAUUUCCUUGACUGUAACUGUGGCAUACCACUUGUGUUAUCUGCCUUUCUUGAUGUUUGAGCUGUACAUAGCCUUUCAAAGUCAGCAGAGAAUAUUGGAGAACUACGAAGAACUCUAUAAAGUAUAUCGAGUUGUUGGGUUUAUCAUGUACGUGAACUCAAUGCUAAAUCCAUUUAUUUAUGGCUUUCAGAGUUCGAAUUACAGAAAUAAUUUCAGAAGACUUUUUUUCAGAGGAUCUACUACGGUAGAUAUCAGUUUGACUUCGCCGAAUUCCAGGAGAAACCCACCUUCGACGGUGUUUUCAGCAGAAACGUGA